AUGGGAGAGGAUCUGAGUAUGCAUACGAUGAAGAGUUUCAUGGAGAAGGCAUGGAAUUUUAUCAAACUACCUGAAUUGUAUUAUCACGAUGAAGGCUAUUUCAUUAUCAGAUUCCAAUCCCAAUCUGAUCUGGAUGCUGUAUUGAUGAAAGGGCCUUACACCCUACGUAAUAUACCACUGAUGAUCAAGGAAUGGAAGCCAGACUUUAACCUGAAGAGAGAUAUGCUACGCACCAUUCCGCUAUGGGUGAAGCUGCCUAGACUCCCUCUACACCUAUGGGGAGCUAAGAGUCUGAGUAAAAUUGGAAGUGCUUUGGGAGUGCCUCUUGUCACAGAUGAAUGCACGGCUAGUAAAUUGCGUGUGUCCUAUGCGCGCAUUUUGGUUGAGGUCGACAUAACAAAAGAAUUGAUUAAAGAGAUUGCUAUUAAAGAUUGUGAAGGAAGGAAACUGAUGCAGCCAGUGGAGUAUGAGUGGAAACCACUGUAUUGUGAUAGAUGUAAGAGCAUUGGGCAUAGAUGCAAAGAUGUUGUGAAGAAACAAUGGAUUCCUAAAGGGAAAUCACCUGAAACUACACCUAAUGACUUGCUACAGGGCACUACAGAAGAGCUACCAACACUUGAGAAGAAUAGUAUAGGCUCAUCUCCAGUUGAGAAGCCAGAACAACCUGCAAUGGGGGCUGAGGCUGCAGCUUGGAUUGAGGCCAGAUCAACCAUAAAAGAUAGAGGUAAACAAAUUCUGACUAGCUCAAGCUCUGAUAUUAACUGUUCCAAUGGCUUUGAGGCACUAGGGGUUUUGAAUGACCUUAUAGUGACCUUAGAUAGAGGCCCAUGUUAG